AUGCUCUCCUUCACAAGGGUCCUCAUCGCCGGCCUGGCAACUCUCGGUGCCGUUCAGGCCCUCCCGCAGGCUGUUCCUGUCUCAACUUCCGUCGUGCCUACUCCUGUUCCUGCUCCAACCCCCGCUACGCCUGCCCCUGCACCAGACCAGACCCAACUCUUCCGCGACCUUUUCACAGCUCCCACAGCGAUCAAGCGUUUCCAACGGCUUCUUACUCAGGGCGGAACUCUCCUCACUGGCGAAGCUCUGCAGAAGCUCAUAGUCUUCAACUUCAACGGUGCUACACCUGCGAAUGGCGCGAAAGGAGGCGCUACAAAGGCAGCUAACAUCGAGACCUUUCCCAUCCUCACUGGCCUCGGCAUCUCCACCACCCUCGGCUUCCUCGAGGCCUGCGGUAUCAACACUCCCCAUGUUCACCCCCGCGCCACCGAGUUCCUGACUCUCGUCUCCGGCUCCAACCUGAAGUUUGGCUACGUCCUCGAGAACGGCCUCGUGGCUUCUCCCCAAUCACCCGAGAUCGCCGGCGUUCUAGACCAGUUUCAAGGCACUGUCUUCCCCAUGGGUUCGAUUCACUUCCAGUUCAACGACGCGUGUGAGAAUGCUACCUUUGUUGCAUCGCUGAACAACGAAGACCCCGGCACGAGCCAGGUCGCGCAGAACUUUUUUGCGCUGAAUGCGGGCGUUGUGAACGCAACCUUGGGCUUCCCGAAGACGAUUGAUGGAAAGAACAUUGAGGAGUUCAGGAAGAUGAUCCCAGCCAACCUUGCACAGGAUGUGGACAACUGCCUUGCCAAGUGCAAGAGCUAUUAA